AUGGAUAACAUCCGAGACCCUAAUAUCUACAUCCGCCGCCCUUCCGGAACCUCUCGUCAGUACGCAGUCCCUGCCGAAUCGAACGCGUACCGACAUGCUCGAAAUAAUUCGACAAACCUCAGCUACGCCGAACAUGAGAUUGUACGGCAGCGCAAGACACCAUACGGAAAGCUGUCGGAACAAGACACGGCGGCAUUGGACAAGACCAUUCAAGUUCCGCCCAUCAAACACCUACUCCUCUCUUCUUCACCAGAGUUCCAGACAAAUACUCCCUCGUACUCGUCUCGAUGGGCAACAUCGAAUCACGUUUCCCGGUCAAAUGCUGCGGCAGGAAUAGAUCUUGGAAGAGAUGGGAGGCAGGAAAGACAGCAUAAGAGCCAUGGGAACUCUCAGUCGUACUCAUAUCGGCCCGCAUUGGAGUUCUCUGUCGGCCUCGACUCGAUGCUCAAUCAAACCCUUCCACUGUACCCUACGCAGAGAUACUACCUGCAGCCGGGAUCUAACAUCCCAACCGUGCUCCCGGCCACGCUUCAAUCUCAGUUUGGUCCUACUGCCUCGGCGGGUCAAGAGUAUUACGGUCCUUACUGGCCCGAUGGCACUUACAAUCCAUAUCGUCCCGCUGCUAUUCGAGAUUCUCGGUUCUUCCCGCCGGCUCCUACGGAGAGAUUUCCCCUUGAGCACUUUCAGCACCCUCGUACUUUUCAGCAGACAACACAUGUCCCUCUCGCUCGGAACAGUGGGUACAUGCAGACCGUCCAAGCUCCGCUUCUGGGGAUGCCACUCACGACAGUCGAGUCACCAGCAGCAAAGUGGAAUGCCGUGCAAAAUGCCUAUCAAAACGCUCAGUAUCCGUUCCCACAACAGUAUUCACCUCCUGAGCACUUGAUGACCGAUCCGAUAACUGCUUCGAGGCCCCUACUAUCCUCAAUUGUACCGGGUCCCAGCUCCGAACGCAUCGCUUUUAGAGACAGGACGUUUGCCUGGGCUAACAAGGUCUAUACUGACCUUCUCGAGACCAUUCGGUGGACGGUAAAGGACCAGCGCGCCUCGGGAGGCAGUACCUCCGAUUCCAGACCAGUACAGAAACCUGCCAUCUUCCCUAAACCGCCUAGACGAUCCGGAUCACAUUUUCACGAGACAUCACUGGACAGAAUAUCAACAAAUCCAAGCACUCCCAAAUUCUACCCACAUUACAACAACGAACAUUCCAUGCCUGAAAUUCCCAGUCGCCCACAGACAGCUAUCUACCGGCCCCAGCAAGCGCAAGCUGGUGCGGCGAACCAACACCUUUCAGCGUCGACAAAUGGUUCAAACACUCACUAUCAGCCAAGAGACCGAAUACCUGAGGUCCGGCAACCGGGCCAGUCCUUGGCCGAUGGCUUCACGAGGCCUCCUUCAUUUGAGUCCGCAAAUUCGGCCCUGAGGACGAUGGAGCUUCUUUGUCAUGAAGCUGACACACCUUGGGUGGAUGGAAUGCUUCUAGCCGGCUGCCUUGCUUACGGGCUCGGGAACUAUGGCAAAGCAGAAGAGUGGUACCAGGCCGUACUCAAACAGGAACCUGGUCACAUUGAGGCAAUGUCGAAUCUCGCUGCUACGUGUCAUGCUCUGCACCGGAGAGAAGACGCUCUCAAGUAUUGGUCCGAUGCCGUGAGCUUGAGACCUAGCUACUUUGAAGCCGUGGAACACCUCAUAGGUUUGCUUUGUGCAAGCCAUCGAGCCCGGGAAGCAGUCAGUGUUAUCGAAUAUGUUGAAAGCACCUUGCGUCUCCCCCCAGAUGAUUCUCAUACUUGGAGCGAGCUCAGCGAUGCCGAAAGCGAUUCAAAAAGCCACACGUCUAGCAUAGCUACCGUUGCGUCCUACGAUCAUGCGCACCACGAUUUCGAUUUUGAUCUCUCGCAAGCUUUUGGGUCUGGGUCCGAGACUUUAAUGCCUGGAUUUGGUUCGAGCGGUUUCGCUAUCCCUGGAGUAGACAACGGCCGAAUUUUGGCGCUCAUUCAUGCCAAAGGUAACAUGCUAUAUGCUCUCGGUAACAAUCACGGCGCUGCUGCGGCCUUUGAAGACGCAGUUCUCAUCUCCACCGGACACCGGAAGCAGGGCAUCAAGGGCCUCAUCAACAACAUCUUGAGAGCUUGCCUACGCAACAUCAGAGACCCCGAGUAUGUUCGAUCAAAGCUGGAAGGUAAAGAGCCAAUCCUGUUGGCUCCUGAACACGCCGAGGCCACUGCCAGGAAUAUGUUCCCUCCAGAUGGUGAUCUUCCUGGACUGGAGCACAUUACACCCGCUUUCGCGGUCCAAGCGGCCGUGUCUACGACAAGUAACUCGCUGUUGUCACUCGCAAAGAUCUACCAAGACGGAAUGUCCAACGCAACGGACAUCGGGACUUUGAAGUCACCAAGUACCAGGGAGAUUCUUGCUCUGUACUACCUCUCCUUAUCGCUACAGCGCAGCCCUUCGACGGCCAAUAAUGUCGGCAUCCUGCUCGCAGGAGUGCAACAGAGUGUUCAUCCCGCUCAUCUGGCUGAGUCGCACUUCUCCCAGAUCUCGAGCAUCCCGGGAGUGAGUGCUGGAAGUGGUAUUUCUUUGGCCUUGAUGUACUAUAACUAUGGUCUCAACAUCGAUCAGAAGCACGCUCACCUGUUCACCAAUCUGGGCAGUCUCCUCAAAGACAUCGGUCAGCUCGGCGCUGCAAUCAAGAUGUAUGAACGAGCAGUCAGUUGUGACGGUAGCUUUGACAUCGCAUUGGCAAACCUCGCCAACGCCGUGAAAGACCAAGGUCGGGUGGCUGAUGCCAUUGUGUACUACAAGCGCGCAGUGGGUGCCAACCCAGACUUUGCUGAAGCUGUUUGUGGGCUUGCCACAGCUUUGAAUUCAGUUUGCAGCUGGCAGGGGCGCGGGGGCAUUUGUGCUCGUGAUAAGCUGCGCGACCGCCUCCACGUUGAUGAUAAUGGCAUGAAGCAUGCACCCUACCGGCCGUACGGCUGGAUCAAUCGCGUGGUCGAAAUUGUCGAGAAACAGCUGAAGGACGGAGAACACUGGGGAUGUGGCACGCUCACCUCGAGCGUCAUUGACUCGCUCUCAGCACAACUUUCCCUCCACAAGCUUAGCUCGCAUGACAAUGUACGAGAGCAGACCAUCAAUACCCUGCGACAGGCCCUACGCAGCUGGUCAGGGCAGAAAUGGGAAGGGUCGAGGAUAGUGCGCUUGGUCGAGCGGGCGAUACGCUACAUUGGCUGGCAGUGGUACCAAGAUCGAUAUGUCAAGCGUAAAGAAUACUCGGCACGAAAAUACUCGCGGCCUCUUCUCCCAAGCACACUGUCGCCACCCUCGGCGCCGACCGUCCUUCCUUUUCACACCUUUACCGCCCCUCUGUCUGCGAAACAAAUCAGACAGAUAUCACAGCGGAACGCACUUCGAAUAUCAAUGUGCACACUUCGCUCUGCAUGGCUUCCGGCGACCGUGUUUCCUCCUCCGGCACCGCCAGACCCCUGCCUCAACGUCGGUUAUGUGAGCUCGGAUUUCAACAAUCAUCCGCUGGCUCAUUUAAUGCAAUCGGUGUUUGGGCUCCACAAUCCCUCAAAAGUCCGAGCCUUCUGCUAUGCAACAACGGCUUCGGAUGGCUCGGUACAUCGACAGCAAAUUGAGCGUGAGGCCCCUGUAUUCCGUGAUGCUUCGUCGUGGAGUGUUGAGCGGCUCGUGCAUCAGAUUGUCAAAGACAACGUACACAUUUUGGUGAAUCUGAAUGGCUACACCCGAGGUGCGCGCAAUGAAGUCUUUGCAGCCCGACCUGCGCCUAUCCACAUGUCCUUCAUGGGUUUCGCGGGAACCCUGGGCGCUGAAUGGUGCGACUAUGUCUUUGCCGAUUCCAUCUCCGUGCCACCCGAUACCCUGUCUCCAUGGAGACGAAAUGUGGACAUUGAAGACCGUCUCCGACCUGAUGCCUUGGUCGAAGAUAUGGAGGACUGGGUGUACUCAGAGAACGUCAUUUUCGCGCGGGACACGUUUUUCUGCGUCGACCACAAGCAGAGUGCCCCAGAUGUGAGCAAAGGACCUCCAAAUUUCAAGGAUUCGCUGAAACGCGAGACUGCUUGGGAGGAAGAGCAAGAAACUCGCUGGAAAUUGAGGAAAGAGCUCUUCCCCACCCUUUCUAACACGGCGGUGAUUCUCGGCAACUUCAAUCAGUUGUACAAAAUCGAUCCCGCCACGUUUGAAUCGUGGCUGCAAAUCCUGAAAAUGGUACCCAAUGCCAUCCUCUGGUUAUUGCGUUUCCCAGACCUCGGAGAGCAGAACCUCCUGAAGUAUGCGCGGGAAUGGGCAGAUGCGGACGUCGCUUCCAGGGUCAUCUUCACCGACGUUGCCGCAAAAGGCGCACACAUCACACGCGCGUCAGUGGUGGACUUGUUCCUCGACACGCCGGAAUGCAACGCACACACUACGGCUGCUGACGUGGUAUGGUCUGGCACUCCGAUUGUGACCUGGGGCAAAUGGAAAUAUAAGAUGUGCAGUCGCAUGGCUGGGAGUAUUGUUGCGAGCGCUCUACCAGCCGGUCGUGCGGGUGAAGAUGCGCGGCGCGAGCUGCUCGUCCAAAGUGAAAAGGACUAUGUCGAUACUGCCAUCGAACUCGCUCGAGGGCUCAAGUACCCAUCGCAUGAAUCGGGUGGACAGAAGAUAGGUCGCGGGAAAGGCCGUCUGAUGGAUUAUCGACGGAUGUUGUGGGAGGGACGGUGGUCCAGUCGGCUCUUUGACACGCAACGCUGGGUCAGAGACCUCGAAGUGGCAUACUGGUCCGCGUGGGAGAAGUGGGAGAAAGGUGAAGGAGGAGACAUCUGGUUGUGA